AGCCGGAGGAGGCGACCGGAGAGGACAGCCGGGCGGGCGGGCACCUAGGGAAGCCGCCCUCUGGGCAGCGUGUGAGAGCGAGCGAGCGCGGAGGGAGGGAGGCAGCGAGCCUGCGACUAGGAGAGGCGUGGAGAGGGGAGCCGCGCGCGGAGGACACUCGGGGGAGGAGGAGCCGGGCUCUGCCCUUAGAGAGACCUGCGAGGCGCCCGCGCAGCUCCAGGACCCCCGGCGCACGGAGCAUGAGCCCGCGCCCCGCCGGAGAGCGGCGGGGGCACUCGGCCACCGCGCAGCGCUGAGCCGCGGGGCCGGGCCGCGGGGCGGGGGCUGGGUGGGGAGCGGCCCGCGCUGGCGGCGGCAGCCUCGGCUCAGCGCCAUGGGGAGCCCCCGGGCCGCGCUGCUGCUGCUGCUCCUGCGCCCGGUCAAGCUGCUGCGGAGGCGCUUCCGGCUGCUGCUGGCUCUCGCUCUCGUGUCCGUGGGGCUCUGGACUCUGUAUCUGGAACUGGUGGCGUCAGCUCAGGUCGGCGGGAACCCCCUGAACCGGAGGUACAGUAGCUGGAGAGAACUGGCCAAGGCUCUGGCCAGCAGGAAUAUUCCUGCUGUGGAUCCAAAUCUCCAGUUCUACCGUCCCCAGAGGCUGAGCCUUGAGGACCAAGGUGGGAGCAGUAACAGCAGCUACUUGAAGUGGAACCAGCCUGUGCCCUGGCUCUCAGAGUUCCGGGGCCGUGCCAAUCUGCACGUGUUUGAAGACUGGUGUGGCAGCUCCAUCCAGCAGCUCAGGAGGAACCUGCACUUCCCAUUGUACCCCCACAUCCGCACUACCCUGAGGAAGCUGGCUGUGUCCCCCAAAUGGACCAACUAUGGCCUCCGCAUCUUUGGCUACCUACACCCCUUCACCGAUGGGAAAAUCCAGUUUGCCAUUGCUGCAGAUGACAAUGCUGAAUUCUGGCUGAGCCACGACGACCAGGUCUCAGGCCUUCAGCUGCUGGCCAGUGUGGGCAAGACUGGAAAGGAGUGGACAGCCCCUGGAGAGUUUGGGAAAUUUCGGAGUCAAAUUUCCAGACCAGUGAGCCUGUCAGCGUCCAACAGGUAUUACUUUGAGGUGCUGCACAAGCAGAACGAGGAGGGCACGGACCACGUGGAAGUCGCGUGGCGACAGAAUGACCCCGGAGCCAAGUUCACCAUCAUUGACUCCCCCUCACUGUCCCUCUUCACAAAUGAGACAGUCCUAAGGAUGGAUGAGGUGGGCCACAUCCCACAGACAGCAGCCAGCCAUGUGGGCUCCUCAGACUCUCUCCCCCGGGAUGAGCAGCCACCCGCUGACAUGCUGCGGCCUGACCCUCGGGAUACUCUCUAUCGAGUGCCUCUGAUCCCCAAGUCUCAUCUCCGUCACAUCCUGCCUGACUGUCCCUACAAACCCAGCUACCUGGUGGAUGGGCUCCCUCUGCAGCGCUAUCAAGGACUCCGGUUUGUUCAUCUGUCCUUUGUUUACCCCAAUGACUAUACCCGCCUGAGCCACAUGGAGACCCACAAUAAAUGCUUCUACCAAGAAAAUGCCUACUACCAGGACAGGUUCAGCUUUCAGGAGUACAUCAAGAUUGACCCGCCUGAGCAGCGAGGGCCAGAGCAGCCAGGGCCAGAGCAGCCAGGUUUUGAGGAGGGCCUUCUAGAAGAGUCCCAGUAUGGAGAAGUGGCAGAGGAGACCCCCACUUCCAAAGACCAGAAUGCCAGGAUGCUGGAGAGAAAACAAACGCCUACCUCUACCCCCCACCAGGAUGUCACUGACUACCAUCUCCGAAGCCUGCGGAGACUAUUGGCUCAGCCUCGCCCUGGCCUGCUGGCACCCUUUUCCAAAUGGAAUUCCACAGGUCUCUUCCCAGUGAGGACCAGCGACAUCCCAGUCCAGAAUCCGAAGAAGAGAAAGAAAAAACCUAGCCCUGAGCCCAGCCAAGUUUCACCUCAUUCUGACAAGUGGCUUCCUGGGCACCUGGCAGGCAACCUACCUCCAAUGAAGAGGCCUAGGUCCACCAGUGAUGGCCCUAGGAAGACUCUUGGGCAGUCCCAGUGGCUGAACCAAGUGGAGUCAUACAUUGCAGAGCAGAGAAGGGGUGACAGGAUGGAGCCUCAGGCCCCUGGGAGGGGUUGGCAGGGGGAGGAGGAAAUGGUAGCAGCUGCUAGCCAGGAAGGACAAGUGGAGGGGGAGGAAGAGGAAGAGGAAGAGGAAGAGGAUAUGAGUGAGGUGUUCGAGUAUGUACCUGUGUUUGACCCAGUGGUAAACUGGGACCAGACCUUCAGUGCCCGGAAUCUCGACUUCCAAGCCCUGAGGACUGACUGGAUUGAUCUGAACUGUAACACAUCUGGCAACCUGCUACUUCCAGAGCAGGAGGCUCUUGAGGUCACACGGCUCUUCUUGAAGAAGCUCAACCAGAAGAGCGGGGGGAGAUACCAGCUACAGCGCAUUGUGAAUGUGGAGAAACGUCAGGACCAGCUGCGUGGGGGUCGCUACCUCUUGGAGCUUGAACUGUUAGAGCAAGGCCAGCGCCUGGUGCGGCUCUCUGAAUAUGUGUCUACCCGAGGCUGGCAGGGCAUUGAUCCAGCUGGUGGGGAGGAGGCUGAGGCCCGGAACCUGCAAGGCCUGGUCUGGGACCCACACAACCGCCGGAGGCAUGUCCUGAGUGUCAGAGCCUCAGAGCCCAAGCUGUGCUGGCCCCAGGGUUUCUCGUGGAAUCACCGAGCUGUGGUCCACUUCAUUGUGCCUGAGACAGAGUUUCACUUUAUUGCCCUCGGUAGAGUGCCGUGGCGUCACACAGCUCACAGCAACCUCCAACUCCUGGGCUUAGGCGAUUCUCCUGCCUCAGCCUCCCGAGUAGCUGGGACUACAGUAUGGGCUGGUUUUAAUAAUGAGAAGAGAGCACAUAACAGGCAGAACCAGGCACGCUGGGUGCAGCAAUUCAUCAGAGACAUGGAAAACCUGUUCCAAGUCACUGGCGACCCACACUUCAACGUCAUUAUCACUGACUAUAGCAGUGAGGACAUGGAUGUCGAGAUGGCGCUGAAGAGGUCCAAGCUGAGGAGCUUCCAGUACAUGAAGCUAAAUGGAAACUUUGAACGCUCGGCUGGCCUUCAGGCUGGCAUAGACCUGGUAAAGGAUCCACACAGCAUCAUUUUCCUCUGUGACCUCCACAUCCACUUCCCAGCGGGAGUCAUCGACACCAUACGGAAGCAUUGUGUGGAGGGCAAGAUGGCCUUUGCCCCCAUGGUGAUGAGGCUGCAUUGCGGGGCCACCCCCCAGUGGCCUGAGGGCUACUGGGAGGUGAACGGGUUUGGGCUGCUUGGCAUCUACAAGUCAGACCUGGACAGGAUUGGGGGCAUGAAUACCAAGGAGUUCCGAGACCGCUGGGGCGGGGAAGACUGGGAGCUGCUAGACAGGAUCUUUCAAGCAGGCCUGGAAGUGGAACGUCUCUCCCUCAGGAAUUUCUUCCAUUAUUUCCAUUCAAAGCGAGGCAUGUGGAACCGCCGCCAGAUGAAGAUGCUGUAACGGGAGCGUGGCCUGCCGGAUCACCCACUUCCUGCUCCUUCACGUGCAGGGGCCCCCUCGUGCCCCUGCCUGCUGCUGGGGAGUGGAGGGGGCAGCAGAACGAAGGCUGGGCCCCGAGGGGUCUCAGGGCUAACACCCUACUCCACUGGGAGGGCUCCUCUCCACCCCCUGUGCCUCCGGAAGGGAGGACUUUGGGGGAGAAGCCAGGAGGGCUACUCGUUCAGGCAGCAGAGAUGGGCAGAAGAGCUCCUGAGAAGGAGAGGCCUACGGGAGCAAUACCGUGAAGGUGCAUUCCAACGUCCACCCAGCGCUCGUGAGGAGUAUUGACCACGAACCGGACACUUCUAUCGGACAUAUUUUAUUGUUGUUAUUUUUUUUACUGAAAACCAAAACUGCUAUCCAAAUGCAGCAUUGACUGUGAGGGGGUGAAGCUGUGCAUUGAGGAACUGUCCCCACUUGCAGAGCUCAGACCCCCUCCUGUGUAGAGGUUCAUCCCUUGGGCCUUGUCCCUUCCUGAGGGCUGGCCACAUAUGGGGCAGGCUCGUGCCUUCCAGACACACGCACAUGUCUCCUGGUAGCCACCAGACAGCUGGCCACCAACUAGGGCAUUAACCUUCUUCCCCAGGCAGUGCUCACUCUAGGCCAGAGCACAGAACUGGCUGCAUGUUUCUGGUGCGACCAGAUGAGGAACUGGUCAGGCUUAUAGGCCGGGCACCACAGGCAAGGCAAGGGAGAGAAGCCCUGUAAAGGAUGGCAAGAAGAGGGGAAAGAGAAUGUGGACAGGGCUGUGGACCAGGAAGAGAGGGAUGGGCUGGAAGGUGGAAGACAUGUAUCCUCCCAGUCCAGCUCCCCUGCAGACUGACCCUUGGGCAGGGAGAGCCCCAAUGCCUCGCCUGCAGGGGAAGAGGAGAGAGGGGCUGUGGGUGAACCCCAGACUAGGGGGCAAGGAGAGCAGUUUGGGAAAGUGAGAACAUUGCCCUGCUAGGAGGGAGUUGGGGUGGAAGGAACUGAAAGGUAAAGCAGUUUCAGGGAAAAUAGUUUUUGUUUUUUUCAGCCUACAGCCACCCUUUCUGUCACCUGAUGGUCAUGGUACUUCUCUUGCACUAAUAAUCCCCGGCGCUUUCGUGGCUGGGGACUUUUCUACUGCUGCUGCUGCUGCUGUGAAUUUACUGAUGGUGCAUUGGACAUUUAGGUCUUGAACUCCAAAGUCUGUUUGGGCAGGUGAGCGCAGGGCCUCCUGCUAUGAGGAGGGGCUUAUGAUAGGUGUGCCAGAGCCCUGGGGACCAGUCAGCUAAACUCAAGGCUGUGAUAGUCUGAAUCCCCCCAUUCGGAGCCAUGGGCUCUACUAGAGGGGUCUGCAUUCACCAAGGACAUAAGCUUGGCAGAUGGGAGAGUGGAGCCCCUAGAGAUCCAGUAGAAUCCCUGUCCCUCUCUGCAGAAUCAGGAAGGUCGAAGACUUUGUAAUUAAUAGCUGUGGCUCAUGAAUGCCAUACUUGCUCUCUGGCUAUAGCUUUUUCUGGUCCCUGCUCAGUCGCUGCCCUCCUCCAAGGGCUUAUGGGGAGCUGCAGUUGGCUAGCUGGGCUGCAGCCCUGGGCAUUGUGCUAGAAGGCUGGAACUGGCUGAGCAACCCUCUUGCUUCACUUCUGACAACUAGGAACCAGCUGGGUCUUCCCACCCUGCCUAACUCCCCAGCUCCCCCAACCUGUCCCUGGGCCAGUGCCUUAAGUUUGAUGUCUGUUACCUCCACACCAUCUGCCUUAAGGGGAAGGGCCUGGCAUGGCCCCUACUCUGUAGGGAAAUGCCUUGGGUCAAGGGAGGGAGUGGGAUGGGGGGAGGGAAAGCAUUAAAUAUAGCAU